ACAACAAUGGAUAUGGAUUUGAUACUUGAGCGACUUGGAGUGGAAGAAGGAGUGAUACGGCGCUUCAGACAGGAGAAGAUAACACCGGACAUCAUAUCACUUAUGUCACUGUACGACUUUAAUUGCUUGGGUGUAAAUGACAAAACAACUAUCAUGAAAUUGCGUGUUGAAUGUGUUUGUUACCGGAGUAAUCCGUGGGCACAUAAUAAUGAUAGUACACGGUGUCGGAAUAUACGUUUUGAAAUUUCAAGUAUCAUGAUUGAAACAUUGUUCGAAGCCGGAUAUUCAGUGAAGGACACUAGUAUUGCACUUGGGGUUUCUGAAAGUACCUUAUUCCGGAAGAUGGGUCAAUUUGGCUUGUCAAAGCUCGCAUUUACAGAAAUUGAUGAAGAAGAACUAAACAUUGUUGUUGCCACGACCAUCACUGAAUUUCCUAGGUGUGGAGAAGAAAUGCUGCGAAAAGUUUUACUUCAAAAAGGAAUUAAGGUUCAACGUUUCAGGCUUCGUCAGUGUCUGAAACACCUAGACGAAGAUGGAAUUCGUGCACGAAAAAGAAGGCGAUUACGACGUCGCAUUUACAACGUUUCAGCUCCAAAUUGUUUAUGGCACAUUGACAGCAACCAUAAAUUAAUUCGAUGGCAUUUUGUUAUAAUAGGCGGCAUUGAUGGUUUCAGUCGUUUAGUUACAUAUCUUAGAUGCACGGACAACAACAAAGCGGAGACGGUUUUGCAUUGCUUCAGAGAUGGUGUUUCGAAAUUUGGAGUUCCUGACCGGGUCAGAUCAGAUCAAGGCCGUGAAAAUAUGAAGGUUGCCGACUUCAUGAUAAAUGCUCGCGGGACAGGACGUGGAAGUAUGCUCACUGGUAAAAGUACACACAAUCAACGUAUUGAACGAUUGUGGAGGGACGUGUAUGACGGAGUCUUGAGUUAUUUUUAUGACUUAUUUUACUUUUUAGAGGACAAUGGCCGGCUUGACAUUUUAAAUGAAAUAGACUUGUUUGCACUUCAUUACGUAUUUAUUUCAAAGAUAAAUGAAAGGUUAAACACCUGGCAAGGUGCAUGGAAUCACCAUCGAAUACGAACAGUGAACUCAACACCAAUGCGGCUUUACACGGCCGGUAUGAUGGACAACCCAUCAGCACAUGUUGAUGAUAUUCUUCCAAACACUCGUACAGAAUCUUCGUCUGAUGAGGAUAUGGAGUCCCUGGACAACAGGCCAGUAUUAUCAUCUCUUCAAAUUAGUGUUGAAGAAAACCGGAUGCGACGGCUCCACGAGCUAUGUCCUCAAAACUGGAGGUCAAACAAUCACGGCAUAGACAUCUUUUUGACAGCUAAACAGAUAUUAAGUGAAUGACAACACAAUUGAUUGCUCGAUUUUUACAAGCUGCUUUAUGAUUUCCAAGCGAAGUUUAAGGGGCCUGUUCAUAGACGUUUAACCUUUGCAGAAAGUGUUUUCGUGACAUCUAUACCAACAUACGUUUCAAUUAUCAAAGCAAUUUAUUUAGUCCCCGAUAUGUAAAUUGACUUAAUUAAAUCUACUAAAACGCAAGUAUUCAUUUUUAUAAUAUUUUGUACUUAAUUAUGGUUAUUAUAGUGUAUUAAAAUCUAUACUUCAAGAUACAAAUGCACUUCCUUCAUUUGCGCUAUCAACGUAACAUUUUCAUUUUCAAUAUUAAUUGGGAAUGAGCAAUUUUAUGAUGACGGAGGUGCAAAUUCAGCAUACUCCGCCUGCACAUUAUUUUUAUCACAUGCUAUACCUUGCUUCCCCAUAUUAUACAGCCAUUACGAAUAGUUUUAUAAUAAACAUGUGUAAUAUACCUUUAAGCGUUUUUAUUGGCUAGUUUUCAUUAAACUGACCACGUGAUAAUACGGAAUAUUACGCUAGUCAAUUGUUUCAAUUGUUCCGCCCCAGAGACAUGCCUGUUCGUCCGUCGGAACUGACAUUUACCCAGCACACUUCAAUGUAUGUGACCUACUUUUCGCCACUAAUGUAUACCUCAAGGUUGCACCAUUUGAUGACUAACAAGCAUAACAAAAAUAAUCAUAUUUAUGGUUUGUUACAUUCAUUUCCUCGUUUAUGAACUACUGUAGGUCAAGAGGGUUGAUGUGAAUGAGGAAAUACGGUGUUAUUUUUGUCAACACCAUUUCAAUCAUAUAACGGAGUUCAGCUGCUUCUUAGUGCAACAAGCAAAUUCGUUGAAUUGAUAUCCCCCGCCAAAUAAGAGCUUUGUCACAGAAAAAAGCUUUUUUCAAGAUACAAAGGGCCAUAACUCUGUUAUUAACAGAUGGUGUACAAUGCCAUUUGGCUUGCAUCAUCCUCUUAUUUAUAUAUAUACUCAUACCAAGUUUCAAAGAAAUCCGUCAAAGCACUUCCAAGAUAUGGCUCUGAACACACAAGUGCCGGACGGACGGAUGGAUGGACGGACAACGCCAAAACAAUAUCCCUCCACCUUUGGCGGGGGAUAACAACUAUGGCAAGUUUCAUGGCUCUGGCUCAUGUGUUAAUGGAGAUAAAGCUCUAAGCUUAUAGUAAAAAGCAUUUUUUCAAGAUACCAAGGGGCAUAACUCCGUUAUUAACAGAUGGUGUACAAUGCCAUUUGGCGUGCAUCAUCCUCUUAUCCAUAUAUAUACUCAUACCAAGUUACAAUGAAAUCCACCAAAGCACUUCCAAGAUAUGGCUCCGGACACAAAAGUGCCUAUAGUAAAAAGCAUUUUUUCAAGAUACAAAGGGCCAUAACUCCGUUAUUAACAGAUGGUGUAUAAUGCCAUUUGGCGUGCAUCAUCCUCUUAUCCAUAUAUAUACUCAUACCAAGUUUCAAUGAAAUCCAACAAAGCACUUCCAAGAUAUGGCUCUGGACACAAAAGUGCCGGACGGACAGCCGGAAGGAAGGAUGGACGGACAACGCCAAAACAAUAUCCCUCCGCCUCUGGCGGGGGAUAAUAAGUUAAUGUACUUAUUACUCCUCAAAACAGUAAACAUUACUAACAUGUCGGUUGAUAAAGUAACCAUUCUGCUGUCAUAAGUUAAAUAGCUUAUGAUGGCAGGGAUUUGAAAUGAGCUUUGCUUGGAACAAGGUUGAGUACAAGAGUGUUAACAAGCCCGUCCACAUAACCCAGUCAAUUUGAGCUAAUGACCUAGUUUAUGACCCCCAUGACCAAGUUUUACACUCAGCCGAGAUAUUGGGAUAUAUGUUCCAGCAAAGUUCCAUGGAGGCAAAAGUGUGUCAUUGAGAUCUAGAGUGGACAGAAGCUAAUACGUUUACAUACACGCUGGACAUAAUUAAGGCAACAACACAAGCGUUUCAUGAGCAUACUUUGCUCAGGUUAUUUUAUUUACUUUCAAUUACAAAUAAAACAAAUUUUCUUAAAUAAAACAAAACAUACAUGGAAAACAACUAAAAUAUAGGAAUCAAAACAGUAAUAAAGCACUUUCAUUUAAAAAUCUUUGGCUCCAUUGUUAACAAAGUUAUCUCCUAUCUCUAUAUUUAUUUGAAAAAAUAAAACUAAAUAUAAAAUUACUAAGAAAUAAUCCCCAAUGAUAUUUACUGGCUCAAGAAAAGUUGCUGUAUAUAAAUAAUUUAGCAAAAAACCUACACUAAUGCAAUAAAAAAUAAAGAAAUAUGAUACAUUAUUUCAAUCACUCUAUUAUGUAUUUACAGUUGGUCAAUUGAGAUUAUUUUGAAUUUGUAAAUAAAAGUUUCAUGCAGCUUAUCAUUUUGUUUUCAUAUCUAGUUACAAGAACAUAACAAUAACACAUAGAACUACUUACAUAGCAUGUACUGUGUUCACAUACAAACACACAGUAUGAACAUGAAGAAAACAGCAUAAUCAAACAUACCUGCACAAACUAUUCCCACUGUACAUACAGGAAUCGAGCAAGAUUCAAGAAGAACAAGCAAAUUCGUAGAAUUGAUAUCCCCCGCAACAUAUAUUUUGUUCAAGGAUGGGUGCAAAUCGGACGGAUGACGUACUACUAUACAAAGGGCCAUUACUCCAUUAUUAACAGAUGUUGUACAAUGCCAUUUGGCGUGCAUCAUCGUCUUAUCCAUAUAUAUACUCAUACCAAGUUUCAAUGAAAUCCGCCAAAGCACUUCCAAGAGAUGG